UUUCAGAGUAUAAGUUGAUAAAUAUUUUCAGAGUAAUAUGAUCUAUGCUCUGCUGAGUAGGGUGGUCAGCCUAACUUUAGGGACUCUUUAUCCUGCUUAUGCUAGCUACAAGGCCGUCCGUACCAAGAACGUGAAGGAGUACGUCCGCUGGAUGAUGUACUGGAUCGUGUUUGCGUUGUUUACGACCGCGGAGAUCUUCUCUGACUUGCUGUUAUCUUUCUGGUUUCCGUUCUACUACGAGCUCAAGAUAUGUACUCUGAUCUGGUUACUUGCUCCUGCUACUAAUGGUUCAUCUCUUCUGUACAAGAAGUUUGUUCAUCCUGCCUUGAUGAACAGAGAACAAGAGAUAGAUCUAAUGAUUGAGCAAGCUAAAUCUAGAGGAUAUGAUACAUUCAUGCAGCUAGGAGGACGUGGGAUCAGUUACGCGAGGAAUCUGCUGAUGGAUGGUUUAGUGCGAGCUCCAGUAGUAAUCGCAGAGCUUGUACAAACUAACACCAUAGCGAUCGAGACUCGCCGGUUUGAAGACGUGACUGAUAGAAGCGUGACAGCUACUGUUACAACUUCAGCUGCAAUGGAUAUAGAUCAAUCAGAUAAUGAAAUUCCAGGGCCGAGCGGAACCACCGAAUCUGACUUCAACCUUGAGUCAGAAGGGGAAGAACAAAGAGGCAAAGAAAAGAAAGGAACGAAGAAGGAUGACGGAAAGGGGAAAAAGAAAGGAAGAAAACCAAGAAAAGAAUCUCUAGACCUUACUUACAGCUCAGGAGACGAGAUGGGAGAAGACCCAGAUUUCAAAGUUCCUGAGAAGAAGACAACCAGAAAAUCGACCAGGAAACCCCGGUCUUAGAUCUGCUCGGACCCUGUUUAAUACAGAGUUCUAGAUAGUAUUAUAUGCAUUAUGCAGAUCAUGUUAAACGCUAUGAAAAUAGCUGAACUGAAUCUUGAUUGUUUAAUUUUAAAAAUUAAUGCAUUUUGCGAGAAAUGCUGUUUAGACAAAAGUAGAUUAUUUGUAGUUCAAAGAGAAAACAUUCUACGUCAACUAUUCACUCAGGAUCUAUUAGAUACUUCAAAAUAAAUAAUGAGAUUUUAUUCUUCAAAUUUAUGUGAUAUAUUUUCUUAUUCAAUUUAACGUAUUUAAAUUAUCUGAGCUGUGAACUUUUGUUUUGGAUACUCAUUGUUCCAAUCGCUGGAGCUCGAUAUCCACUUUAGACACUUUUAAUUUGAGUCUUAAUAUUAUAUGGUAUUUAUGCGCAAUUUAUACUUUAAGACCUUUCUUAGGUCACCAAAUCUUAUAUAUAAUCAAUUACAUAUCAUUUUAUUUAUAUCGAACUUAGUACAUUUCAAUUUCAAACCUAUCUUUGAAAGAUUUAAAAAAAAAAAGAUUUGCUCAGACCUUCUUCUCUUUUAGUAAGUAGUUAUAUUUCUUUUCUUUGAAAUAAAAAACAAUUUUCUUGGGAUACAAUCAUUUGUGUUGAAAUCUCUCGGCUCAAUGAAGAAACCCUUAGCAUUUCUUUAUUUUUUAUUUCUCAUCUGACUAUCGUUUUCUUCCGCUUUUGUUUUCUUAUUUUCGUAUUUUCUUACCGACGGAUUCGACUAAAUUAUCAUUUUUCAUGUUAAAUGUUUUAUGAGAUAUUCUCAAUUUCUCACUGACUCAAACCCCAGAUCUCAGACAUAUAAUAGCUUAGCCAGCGUGUUUGAUGUAAAGCUUGUAAACUGAAUAUUUUCAGA